CCUUGUAUCGUAUGCACAGGUUAUUGUGAACACUGGCAGAAAGAGAAAAGUGCCGCCUGUUGCUUGGAUGAUAAUCAUUGGUGACGGCCUUCAUAACUUUAUUAACGGCUUAGCCAUUGGUGCGUCAUAUUCCAGUUCAACUUAUGUUGGCAUCAGUACCUCAAUGGCGAUAUUCUCCGAAGAGUUACCACACGAACUUGGUGAUUUUGCCAUUCUUCUCAAUGCUGGCAUGUCGUACAAAAUGGCAAUGGCAUUCAACUUUCUCUCGGCAUGUGCUUGUUAUCUGGGGCUGAUCACUGGCUUGAUACUUGGCGCCAAAACAUCGGCAGUCAGGUGGAUCUAUCCACUCGCUGGAGGAAUGUUUGUGAACAUUUCAUUAGUUGACAUGGUGAGUAUAUAUUUCUUUAAGCAUGGGGCUAUCAUUUAUUAGUAGAAAUCUACUAAUCACCUCAGCACUAAUGCAAAAUGCUGUAAUCUGAUUGGCUGAGCUAUCGCACACUAUCAGCCAUUAGUGUGCACUGGCUUGAGGUGGUCAACAAAAUGGCAACGUUUUCCUGUUUCGCUAAAGCUUCAGAUAUGUCCAGGAUUGAACGCUAAUGAGAUUUAAAUUCCUCAUGAUAAGCGUUACAAAGUGUCCUCAUUCACGUAAGGGCUAAACCACUCCCCUAAUGUUUUAUGAAGGCUAUAUUUGCUUGGUUUAUAUAUUUCUGAACCAAGUUUGGCAGAUGAGCUUUCUUUGUUCUCCAGUUUAUUUUAAUUUAGAAGUUGUGAUAAAAUGUCAGAUCAUGACGUCAUAAUUGAUGACGUCACCAAAACGUGCUAUAAUUUUUUGUAAAAUCUGAUGUAAAGAUUAUGUCAUUGGAAAGACCUUGACUUG